AAAAUCGACCAAUCAGCGUCUAUCCUGGGGCGUCCCAGCUGUAGCGGUAAAGAACAACCUAAAAACGAGUGUAGGAGGGUGUGGAGCGUUGUUUUGGGCCGAAAUUGUGCAGUUUAUGUCGCCUGUGAUGUAUUUUUGCGCCAACUAACGGCACCAAGAAGACAACCAGGUUUCUAGGAGAGUCUAGACACACCCAAGAUGUCCCUAGGCCGUACCAUGGAUGAAGGUCGGACCUCGCCCAUCCAUGUUCACGUAGACGAGGAGACACCUGUACACGUGCACGUCAAGAAGGGGAAGAAAUCUGCCACUGCAAAGGCUGUAGAUGGUCGGAUGAAGAGGACACGGUUUGCCCGCGGCAGCACCUUCGGAGGUCCGGGGAACGUUCGCCGGCCGCCGUCCUCACGAGUACGUAGCCCUCCCCCGCCCUCGUCGCUCGCGCGUAGCCAGAGCCCCCCGGUUAAAGAGCCGUGGGUCCCGGCCCCGGGGAAGUCCACCCGCGGAGGGAAGUAUGCCUGGGAGGGAGACUCCGCUCGACUGGAGAUUAACCCAGCGGACAGGUCUGCCCUGAGGAGAUCUGACCUGGAGGCUGACGCCGACGACGUGAGGAACGCCGACGCUCGGCAGUACGAGAAACGGAUCGACAGUCUCAUGACGGAGAUGGGCACACUCAGGAACGAGGCUGAUCUGGCUCGGAAAGAAAGAGAGCUGGACAGGACAAAGGACAAGCUUGACGUAUCCCAGCAUGCCCUGCUGCGACAGGAGCACGAGCUGAGGGAGGCGAAGACGGACCUGACCGUCACGGAGCGGGAAAACGAGCGCCUGCGCCGCAGCGUGGAGAGACUCAAGGACUCAGUCGCUCUCACCAGUUCAGAGAAGUCUCGUAUGAGUGCAGAGAAGGACCUGCUGCUGAGGAAACUCACACAGGCAGAGAUGGACGGGUCAGCAGCCUCACAGCAGCUGGAGGAACUACGCUCUACCAUCCGCAGACUACGUGAUGACAAAAGGAUGUCGGCUGAGGACUCCAUCACGCUGGCCAGACAGAAGGACCUCCUGAUGCAGCGUCUGGACGAGUUUGAGUCCACAAACAGAACCCUGAGGACUCUGCUGCAGGACCAGUACAGGAAGGAGGCAGACGCAUCUCGUGUUAUAGAGCAGAAAGAUGUGCUGAUGAGAAGACUAACUGAUGUGGAGGCUGACAACGUGCGCCUGCGGGACGACCUUCUGAUGAAGGAACGAAAGCUUGAAGAGUCGCUGGUGAUGCUAGAGGCAGAGCGGGGUAAUGCUCGUCAGAUGGGGAAUGUCCAGACAUCGCUGGAGACGACGAGAGCCCAUCUACAGAAGGAGCUGAGGAGUAAGGAGGCUGAUAACAACAGGAUGGCCGUGCAGAUCAGGGGUUUAGAAAAACAAUUGCAGCAGGAAAGAAUAGAGAGAGAGCAUACACAAGAGCUACUUAUGGGAGCAAAGGACAAGGCAGACCGUGACAAAGAUGCGCUGAAGAAAGCCACCCGUGUGCAAAAGCAGAGAGCAGAGCAGAGUGAGAACACUGUGGAGAGGAUGAAUGCCACAAUCAUGGAGAAGGAAGCCCAGAUUGCUGACCUCCACGCCUCCAUCGGUGAGUUAAAGGCUCAGAACAACCGACUCACUCAGCAGAAGUCACAGGUCGAGUCAGAGAACGCAGUGCUUCAUGGACGUAACAAGGAUCUGGAUCGCCAGUUACGAGACACGGAGGACAGACUCCGAGCAAACACCGACACUCUCACAGAGCGGGUACAGAGACAGGCCAACGAAGUAGCUUCUCUCAAGAUCGACAAUGAAAGACUGCAGAACCAAGUGUCUACAAUGGAAGAUAAGUUGAUCACCUCCCAGACAGAUGUGACCCAGCUGAAGUCCAGCGUGAGGCAGUACGAAAACCUGGUCACUGAGUACAAACAACAGAUGGUGAAAGUACACGGUCCGCACUGUUACGCUCUCCACGUGAUGAAUGCGUCCCAGCGUGAGGCAGAAGCUGCCCAUGUGAGACUGGAGAGAACUGAGCUGGAGAGGACCAGACUGCAGGAGGAGAGCAGCGAGGAACUGGAGAGGGUGCGCACCCGUCUGCAGCAGAGACUAGCGGAGCUGGAGCCGCUUCCCGAGCUGCUGCGUGAGUCAGAGAUUAAGAUCCAGGACAUGACGGACAGGAUCAACGCGUACGAGAAACGAGCGCUCGACCACACCAAACUCAUCACAGAACUCACUGUUAAGGUUGAGGACCAGUCAGGGCAGCUGGAGAGUCACAGGAGUAAGUCUCACGCUGCUGAGGACGAGAUCCGGGCACUGCAGACUAAACUGGACUCUCUACAGAGGAAACUUGAGGAGUCUGAUGCGCAGAACCGCGACCUGGUGUCGGUCAUCGCAAAGAGAGAAGACACGAUCCAUGACACGCAGGCGCGGUGUGACGAGCUAGCGCGGGAAAACGCCAGCCUCAGCAGACAGCUGGAGGCUUCCAUACAGGACAUGAGGAGGCAGACAGAGGAGGCCAGGGACAAGGCUAGUAACAAGGAGCGCUCGUCCCAGAACCGUAUCCUGGACCUGGAGGCUCAGCUGAGCAGGGUCAGAUCUGAGCUGGCAUCUAUCAAAAGACAACGGGAAGAGAACGAGCGUAAGCACCACAGUAAGCUGCAGGACCUGACAGACAGACUGGAGCAGGCCAACACCACCAACAGGAGCAUGCAGAACUACGUCUCCUUCCUCAAGUCAUCUUACGCAAACGUCUUCGGAGAUUCCGUCCUCACCAGCUCACCUUACAGAUCUCCCACUGCCAUUUCUUGACGCACGCCUUGAAGUCUUAGUUCUAUAUAUAGGGAUGUCUUGUGUCUUCAGAGUAAUGUUUCCCUUCUUUGUCUUAUGCCAACGUCUUUGGAGACUCCGUCCUCACCAGCUCACCUUACAGAUCUCCUACCGCCAUCUCUUGACAGAUGCCUUGAAGUCUUAGUUCU